AUGCGGCCCGUAGGCCUCAAGGCUCCCCGCGCACUCACCCGGCGGCCUCUUCUGCGUCUGCUGCUCCUGCUGUGGCUGCUGCUGUGGCCGGUAACCCGCGCCCAGACCACGCAGGGAACCUCCAGCGCCCCAACAUUGCCGGGCUCCCCGAGAGCCCCGAGUCUGCAUGAGUGCGCGCGGGCCCUGAUGCGGGACUUCCGGCUCGUGGAUGGCCAGAACCACCUGCCCCUGCUCCUGAAACAGCACUUCCGGAACGAGCUACAGGAGGUCAACCAGCGCAAUUUCAGUCUUGGCCAAACCAGCCUGGACAAGCUCAGGGAUGGCCCCGUGGGUGCCCAGUUCUGGUCAGCCUACGCACCAUGCCACACCCAGGACCAGGAUGCUGUGCGCCUCACGCUGGAGCAGAUUGACCUCAUUCGUCACAUGUGUGCCUCCUACUCUGAACUGGAGCUUAUGCCCUCAGCCAGAGGACUGAACAGCACUCAAAAGCUGGCUUGCCUUAUUGGUGUGGAGGGUGGUCACUCACUAGACAGCAGCCUCUCUGUGCUGUGCAGUUUCUAUCUGCUGGGAGUACGCUACCUGACACUCACCUUCACCUGCAACACGCCCUAGGCAGAGAGUUCCACCAAGUUUCAACACUUCUACACCGACAUCAGUGGGAUGACAAGCUUUGGUGAGAAGGUGAUAGGGGAAAUGAACCGCCUGGGCAUGAUGGUGGACUUAUCCUACGGGUCGGACACCUUGGCGUGACAAGCACCGAAGGUGUCAAGGGCCCCUGUGAUCUUCUCCCACUCAGCUGCCAAGGCUGUGUGUGACAAUAUGCUUAAUGUUCCCAAUGACAUCCUGCAACUUCUGAAGAAAAAUGGUGGCAUUGUGAUGGUGUCGCUGUCCACGGGGGUACUGCCGUGUAACGUGUUUGCUAACGUGUCCACCGUGGCAGAUGAGCCCCAUCACUUUGACCACAUCAGGGCCGUCACUGGAUCUGAGUUCAUUGGGAUUAGCGGAAACUAUGAUGGGUCUGGCCGGUUCCCUGAGAGGCUGGAGGACGUGUCCACAUACCCGGUACUGAUAAAGGAGUUGCUGAGGCGUGGCUGGAGGGAGGAACAGCUGCAGGGUGUCCUUCGUGGAAAUCUGCUGCGGGUCUUCAGACAAGUGGAACAAGUGAGAGAGGAAAACAGCGGCCAGAGCCCUGCGGAGGAUGAAUUUCCAAACAGACAGGUGGGCAGGUCGUGCCACUCCCACCUGACUCAGCCUCAGAAUGAACACCUGUCCACACACCGGGUGGGAAACAAGUGGCCAACCAAUCAGGCCCUCCAGAGGCCCUCAAAAGCCUCCCCACACCUCGUUCUAGGCCUCAUGGCUGCUGCCACCUUCUCAAUCCUCAUCCUAUGGCUCUAG